CUUCAUGAACCUCCGUCCGAACACUCCGAACCAUCAAUCGCCCUCCCAAUCCGCAAUUGAACCCCCUCCACCACGAAACCUUUCACCGCGGAGUGCACCUUUCCUCUCCCGUCAACGAAUUUCUUCGAUCCGCAACCAAACCGAAAACAAAAACCCAACCCGAUCAAAAUGCCCACCCCGGAAUCCGCCGCCUUUCUGGCCAAGAAGCCCACCGUGGCCCCGACCUACGACGGCGUCGACUACGAGGACAACGUCGCGCUGCACAACGCCCGCGACGCCAUCAUCCGCGAGCAGUGGGUCCGCAGCAUGAUGUCGCGGCUGGUCGGCGAGGAGCUGGGCAAGUGCUAUGCGCGCGAGGGCGUCAACCACCUCGAGAAGUGUGGGGUUUUGAGGGGAAAAAUACUUCGAACUCCUCGGGGAGCGCAAGAUCAAGGGUUAUCUCUUCCAGGAGAAGAACCACUUCUCGCAGGAGAAGUCUGCUUGAAUUGUUUAAAAGGGUGAAAGG